AUCGCAUAUAACGGGACAGAAUCUCAGCGAUGUCGCAAACGAGCAGUCUCCACAGCAGAGUUAUCUGACCUUGCCGAUCUUGUAAUCACCUUGAACAGCCGCCAUGGACAAAUUCGUUGGAAAAUGGGAACAGAUCGCUAUGGAGAAGGUGGAAAACUAUACUUAAAAGCCUCAGGCGUUUCAGAAAAUGGUAUUAAGAAGACGAUGGAGUUACUCAGUUCCGGUCUGCACGAGACCAUCGAAUUUUCCGGAAAUGAUGUCACCAUCACUGAGCGUGGCACCAUUUCCACCGAUCAGCAGAUUAAGAAAGGCACUCUGGGACAGGAAGUGGACUUUACAUACCACUCGGGGCAAACCUGCAAGUUGUCAUUCACUUUGGAGGGUGGCGAUUUGGUGGAGACAACAAAGGGUACACACGCCACACGGGUUGUACGGCAGGUCGAAGGGAGCACAAUGACACAUGUUUUGACAGCCGGUGGCGUGACAGCAACGCGCACGUUUAAAAAGGCGUGAGUGGGCAGAUGCGACGUGAGAAAGAUGACUCAUCACGUCAUCAGUAAUAGCGCAUGAUGUUACUCUUGUUUUUCUUAAAGAGAUGAAUAUGAAUGUGUACUUCUGAAAAUAAAUUUGAUCUAU